GGUUGCUAGUACAUGACAAAACACUUUUGGUACGGUGCACAUCUAUUGUCUACAGAAACGAAUAAUCCAUACGGGACCAGCUUACUCAACUUGAUACUGUCUCGGAUUUUGAAAAACCAAAAAUCAGCUUGCGCAACCCUGCUUGGCAUCUGAGUACAGAUUGCGGCUGCAAGUCGUCUGAUUCGACCAAUAUCAUGGAGUUCGUCAACGCCAACAAGGGCAUAGCCCUCUGUAAGGAGGGCAACUAUGCCGACGCGAUCCCACAUCUGACCAAGGCCAUCGCCGUCACCAUGUCUCCGAUCUGGCUUCUCGCCCGCGCCGAGGCAUACACGAAAGCAUCGCAGUUUGAGCGCGCCAUUGUUGACGCCGAGCAUGCGUACAAUAUUGCCGCUGCGCGGCAGCAUUCACAGAGGCUCGAGCAGAUGCUGGAGGCCCAGUAUCGGCGCGGUGUGGCGCUCUUUCGGCUGGGGAGAUAUGCCGACGCUGACGCCUGCCUGUUGUGGGCAGUCAGGUUGGGCAGCGGGGCUUCAGCCCGCGAGGAGGAUCUGGUAUUGGCCAAGGUCGACGGCGAUGGCUUCUACAAUUGCACAUUGGAGCAAGCCGAGAAUGAAAAGCCUGUCUCCCCGGAAAAGGGCAAUGUGAACCAGGCUGAUCUGACCAAGAGUAGAAAAUGGGUUAGGGCACAUUCUAUGCGGCAGGUGUGUUUGUCUAACCUGGCGAGGUUGGCAUCCGAUGCGACCGAGAGGAAGUUGACUGUGACCAGGACGCCAAGCCCGCCCGCAUUGGUGGAUGGGGAGUACAGUCUGGACGGAAGCAAGGACGGUUCAGAAAAGGCAGCCGGUGGACGUCAAGGGCCCGCAGCACUAGAUACCACCGCCACCGCUGUGAAACCUCAGCAGCUUCGGUUUGACUUUUUCCAAAGCUCUGCCAACGUCACCCUAAGCAUCUUUUGCAAAGGAGUCGACAAAAAAACUUUUCGCGCCGAAGCCGACUCAAGGACUAUUGUGCUACAUAACAUGCCCAAUGAGGGUGAUCCACCGGUGAUGCUCAGCUUAGCUCAUGAAAUUGAGCCUCACACCAUUAAGCAGUUCGUCGGGUCUGUCAAGGUUGAGCUAACACUGGUCAAGGCGCAACCUGGUGAGAAAUGGAAAACGUGGGGUUCCAUGACGGACUCUUCCGACCUUGCAUCGGUAUCCCAACCGAAGGAAUCGGUACUGUCUGAACCCGACGUGGAAGACGAGCCGCCAAAGCCCAAGCCGAUACCGGACUGGGUCCUUCAGAACAAGCCACCGCCGUAUCCAACAAGUUCUAAGAGCGGACCCAAGGACUGGGAGAAGCUCGGCGAUGACGAUGAGGAGCCACAGGACGUGAAUCAUUUCUUCGAGAAGCUGUACAAGGGCGCGACACCCGAGGCUAAGCGUGCCAUGAUGAAGAGCUACACUGAAAGCAACGGGACAGAGCUGAGCAUGGACUGGUCGGAUGUUGCCAACCGUCAGGUCGAGGUUCAUCCGCCCGAGGGUGUGGAUGUGAAGAAUUGGGACGGGACUAAGCGGAAGUAACCAGAUGAACUUUAUGCAGCAAGCACAUUAGCUCAGUAGCUGAAGGGGCCAUAUCGAUAUGGGACAAACAAAAUACGGCGGGUUCAUCGGUCUAUGGUGUAAAAUGAUGCAAGAACCUUGUCUUGUUCUGGUACAGUACUUCAACGGUUGUCAGAGAAGAAACUUUGGCGUGGGAUUAAGGCCAGGUAUAGCGAUAUCAAAGACUUAUCUGACUUCCCACGGCUCAAUCACAUCCGUUAGGCAGCAUCCCCCCUCCAUAUCUUGCGACUAAGCUCCUUGUCCUCUACAAUCCACCCCUUAAGGCAUUCUGCCCUAGGCUCGAGCUCGUCCGAACCACCCUGCUGGAGAAGUGUCAACUCGGGGUUCUGUACCAUCAUCCCAACAUCUCCAUCUUCACUGUCCAAUCUUGCAUCAUGCCCAAGCAGCAAGUCUGCAACCAUCCUUCCGAAUACCACACUACCCCACUUGUCGAGAUGCGUCGUGUCACGAGGGCUGCUGUUAUACUUGUUACUGGCCUCCGCUCCGAGGGCCUGAACAUAACUCGCGCUGGCCUGGUUCAGAUCAACAAAUCUGGCACCUGAAUUGCCCGCCGCCGUCAUGGCUAAGCUCCGUUCAACCCCAAGAGAAUCAACAAGCGUUCCGUUGUCCCAGAAGUCCCUUCUUGACAGCGGGCUGAGUAUCACUGGUAGCCCGCCCGCGGCCUGGACGUCAAUGGCAAACUUCUCCAAGUUUGACUGAAACUGUUCUCUCGAGACCCCGCGGGAUGGGAGUUGGUCGUUGUGCCCAAACUGUAUCGUCACGACGCAGCUGCUGUUUGCGCUGUGUUGUUGGACCGACGAAAUCACACGUGCCCACUCCCCUGCGUCGACAAAAGAUGCCGUCGUUGCGCCGUUGAUGCCAUGGUUGACACCCCACGCUCCCGCCGUGUCGUUGAGAUAGGACAGAAACCCCGUGCCCCAACCGCCACCGUUCGGACUCUGUAUAGCUGUUGUCGAAUCACCCGCUAGAAAGAAUGCGAAAGGUUUGGUCUGGCAGCCCCGCUGCUGGGGCACCUCUGUAGGUGCAGCUCCGACAUGGGCGAUGAGUGGCAUGACUCCGAUAAGGAAGGCGGCUGCCAUAAGGCGGUUGGAACAAGCGCAUGAUCUCAUCCUUUAUGUGUUGUACUAUGCUUUGCUGGGCAAGGGCGUUGUCGAACUUGGUCUCUCGAUACCAGGCGGUUCUCUCUUCGACAAUCUGGAUCUGGUGUGCGAAAUGUCGUUCGCGACCAGAAAAGCACGACGGUAUAAUCAGUGAGACUAUAUAAUCAUGACACAACCUAAAAAUGCAGCCUUUGUGGAGCUUGGAACCUCGAAGUUCUGGUGCGAGCCUGGACAUACUGGCCGACUACCGUCCAUUGGUAGACCGGCCGAUCAUGAGACCGGCGCUUAGUGCAUAUUUCAGUGCGCGGCGAGUUUCACUAGACACGCCCACUUCGCCAAAAGUCACGCGCGUAGUGUCUCGUGUCAGAUGCUCGGUGCAUGGGCGAUAUGGGUUCAUUAACUCUUUCACAUUCAAACAUUGCCUAAACUUUGAUUACUAACUCGGUGUGAAUUGUGUGCAGCUUUUUUUUGCAUCGGGGUCUAUCGCUGCUUCAGGAAAGAAGCAUCUAAUCAAAUGAUCGCCGCAAUAUCGGCUACCGAUUGCGGUUGGAAGACCAACGCCUUACCAUCACUUCCCUGACCUUGUACCGCUCCAGCAAGCCAACAAUGCCCUUGUUUGGGUCUGACACCAAGUCGACGGUUGAGGGCGGUGGGAUGUCAACGUAGACAAGAACCAGACUUUUGAGCACGUGGGAAAGAACCCGUUGGAUACCAUGUAACCAGAACCAAGAUAGAUGUUGCUGUGGGUGUUUGCGCUCCUCAAGAUUCCAGUCGGGGUGUGAAUAAGAUGGAAGCACCACGAGGCCAAAUUCAGCAUGAUCAAAUACGGGUCCGCGCCGGUAAAGGAGCAAGUCGACUCCAAACUUAACACCCUCGCGAGGAACCCAGCCAAGUGAUCGAAAGUGAUGAUACACAACGUAAUGAACAAGAAAUGGGUCAUCGGUGCGUAGACCAGAGGAUGCAUGGCUUGGCAAUCGUGGCGGGAAGUAGUAGUGGUCGGCAAACAGGUGCAGAAGCUCCAAGUUUGACAUUAUCGCCUGUGUUUUUGGGUCUACGACUGCCAGUGCGCCGAUGGCAAAUGAAAGAUAAAAUGCUUCCUGUGCAGAUAACUGCAGGUGCUCGAGGUUUCGAGUCUCGUCAAGAGGCGUGCGGUGCGAGAUGUCAUUACCUUGGCCUUUCUGCACUGGUGAUGGUUUCAAAUAAUCUUCCAGGAGUUGUGAUUGCGAACCUCGGGGACUAGGCGGUUCAUUUUGAUCAAAUGUGGUCGAUGCGACCCCACCGGAGAAACGAACAUUCUUCUGCUUCUUGAGCAGAUGGUGCAGACCUUCAAUCUUGUGAGAGGACGGAUGGGCACUACCAUUGACCUGGGACUGUUCCGCCAAGGUUGCCACAUCGCAGGACACCCCGCUUGUGCCGGUGGCCAGUCCGCUGGUAGAACUGGGAAUCGAAGGUGGGACCUCCAGAUCCGACGCUGAGUUAGGCAGUCUGAGAAGCUCAAGAGGACCGACUGGAGGUACAAUGGCUUGCGGGACAUAAGAGGCAGGCAAGACAGCAGCAGCUAGACUUUCUUCAAGACGAGUCUGUUCUAUAAGCUCCUGCUCUAGCCUUGCUCGUUCCCAUUUGGCCCGAAGACGUUCCUCUCUCCUCUUGUUGGUGUUUUGCUCUGCAACACUGACGCUAUCGACGCCACGGCGGUUCAUCUCUCGCUUCAGCCAGUUUGGCUCGCUGCGGCUCAGACUUCCUUUUCCAAAGAAGCCCUGCUCCCACAGAGCUCUUAUGGCUUCAACAUCCGAAAUUUUGACGGACCUGGU